CCACCACCACCACCACCACCACUUCCUUCUUCUCCCCUGCUCGGACCACAAUGGCUGCCAAACACGGUGAUCUCAGUCACCUCCUACCCGGAAACUACAAGCGUCAAAUCACCGCUUGGCUGGAAGAAGACUGCCCCAGCUUCGACUAUGGCGGCUUCGUCGUGGGGGAUUCCGAAGGCGAGGCCCGGUUACUAGGCAAGAGCAGAGGUAUCAUUGCAGGUGUCCCAUUCUUUAAUGAAGUUUUUGCACAACUCGGAUGCACAGUAGAAUGGCACCUCCCCGAAGGCUCCCCGACCACCACCUCAACCUCCACCACCGACACCAUCAAAACCCACUGCGCCACCGUCCGCGGGCCCAUCCGCAAGAUCCUCCUCGGCGAGCGCGUCGCCCUGAACAUCCUCGCCCGCUGCUCCGGCAUCGCCACCAAGUCCGCCGCCCUGGUCGCCGCCGUGCGCGCCCAGGGUUGGACCGGCACCCUGGCCGGCACCCGUAAGACCACCCCGGGAUUCCGCGUCGUCGAGAAAUACGGCAUCCUGGUCGGCGGCGCCGACCCCCACCGCCACGACCUCAGCUCCAUGACUAUGCUGAAGGAUAAUCACGUCUGGGCGUGUGCGAACAACCGCGCCGCGGCUGGAGGAGUGGAGGACGGCAGCGGCGUCGCAGGUUCGAUUGCCGCCGCCAUUCCGCGCGCGGUCGAUGCCGCCAAGGCGGUCGGCGGCUUCGCGACCAAGGUCGAGGUCGAGGUGCGGGAUCUCGAGGAGGCGAAUGCGGCGAUCGCUGCCGGAGCGGAUGUGAUCAUGUUGGAUAAUUUCACCCCGGAAGGCGUGCGCGAGGCCGCGCGCCAGCUCAAGGCGGACUGGGCUCUGAAGCGGAAGUUCUUGAUCGAGGUCAGUGGUGGGCUGACCGAGGAAAAUGCCGCGUUGUAUGCUUGUCCCGAUGUCGAUAUUUUGUCUACUAGUUCCAUCCACCAGGGUACUGGCAUCGUCGACUUCUCUUUAAAGGUAUCCUUACGGUGAGUUGGCCGAAGGCCCGGCGCCGGGAGUUACUCUUACGAUGCUACGUUGUGUAUAUCUAUCUAUGUAAACCGUGAUUCAUAAUUCAAGUCUCCAGCCUUGUUCUUACCGGCAAAACUGCUGG